UAAAAGAAUGAGUCAGUCGAAAAAUGGAAGGCAAAAAGCGAGGUACGAGGAGGAGACGACGACAGUUAUGCCCUCUCGCAGGAAACCGGCGUAACAAUCUCCUUCCCCACACACUCUAUUCUCUCGCCGCAGAUUUGUACUUAACACUCCAGAAUCCACUCACUUUCCAUAUACAAUCAAACCCGUUGAGAAAAUCUUCCCUAUACAAAUCUCCUUAAUUCCUCACAUUAUUCGACUCAGCUUUACCAAUGUCGGAGAUGACUCCUUCUUUCAACGCCAGACCUAAGCAGAGCAAAGCUACGCCGUUGAAACUGCCGAGCGCCGUUGCUCAUCGCCCCCCACAAAGGCGAGAUGUAGCUUCGCGGUACCUGGAGACAACCUCUUCUUCUUUAUUCCAGUCAUCACCGUACUCCACGGCCAAGAGAUGUCAAUCACCGAACGUUACAAGAACGAACCGACCGGCGACUCCUUCUGUGGUUACAAACCGGCCGCAAUCGACGGGGGUGAGGCAGCCGGUGGCACCUUCACGUCUUGACACGUUGGAUCGACGAGGAGGUGGAGUUGGAGGUGGAGAGGUUUCUGCAGCGGAGAGAAUGUUGAUGACUUCUGGGAGAAGCUUGUUCGCCUCGUUUCAAGCGAAUGAGAACAGUUCAAAGCUAUAUCCAACGCCGCCGAGUACUCCACGGAUAGGAGGAACGGUUGAGAAGAGGAAGACGACUAAGGAAGAGAAGUCGAAGCUCUCUGAUCAAUGGCCUAGGUCUCUCCAACCUAAUUGUCUCAGUAGAAGCGUAGACUUCACCGAUACGAGUAAGGAACCAAAAGGAUCUUGCAAUAGCGUAGCUAGAGCUCUGCAGAAUUCGUCCAAUUCGAUGAUCCCUACUAAAACGAGGAAGAUCUCUGUGGAUAGUCUUGUAUUGCCUUCGAAAGUAGUAUCCACCACGAUGAUUCCAAAGCGUGAGCAGAUUACUCGACCUGCUGCUUCACCUAGGAGGAUGUUUGGUAUGACUCCAACUGCUUCAAGUCCUAGGGGAGCCAGCAUCGCUAGGGGACUAAGCUCUUCGAGAGGCGUGGUUCAUCCAAGAGGGAUUAGUCCUUCAGGGAGGAAUAUGAUGAGCCCACUAAGAGUGAGAAGCUCGCAGAGUCAUAACACUUCUUUGACUCUGAGUUUUGCUGUGGAUGGUAAGAGCAGAGAGAAUGGUGGUGUUGCAGAUGAUGCUCACGUGUUAAAGCUCUUCCAUAAUAGGCUGCUCCAGUGGCGAUUUGCUAAUGCACGAGCAAGUGCUGUUUUCUCUGUACAAAAGAUGACAACAGAGAAAAGAUUGUACAACUCAUGGAUAAGCAUCUCUAAGCUGUAUGAUUCCGUCAGAGCGAAAAGAAUCGAAAUGCAGCGCCUUAAGCUGAAUUUGAAAUUGAUAUAUAUUCUCAGUGGGCAGAUGGGAAAUCUGGAAGAGUGGCUUGUUGUAGAGAGGGAUUAUGUGAGUUCUUUCGUAGGAGCUGCACAAGGGUUGAAAGGCAGCACGCUUUGUCUACCUGUUGAUUGCGUGGCAAAGGUAAAUGGACAAAGUGUUAAAGAUGCCAUUUCUUCAGCAGUUGAUGUUAUGCAGGCAAUGGCUUCUUCCUUAUGCCUCUUGCUGCCAAAGGUAGGGAAAAUAAGUUGCUUGGCAGCAGAACUUGCUCGUGUGAAUAUCAAGGAGCAAGAGAUGCUUGACGUUUCCAGAGAACUCCUAAACACAAUCUCUGCUCUACAGGUAAAGGAAUGCAGUUUGGAGACACAGGCUAUGCAACUACAGUACUAAGCUGUCAAAGUUACUGAACAAAACCAAGUGUAAGUAAGAAAGCUACUGCGGUAUGGGAAGAGAAUGUAAGGAGCUCGAUCAUCUCAUUCAAAUACAGAUGUCAAACUCCCUUUAACCACAAGAAACCAUAUUGUAAAUGUUUGAUCUUUUUUAUUGCUAUUGCUAUUUUUCU